CUCCAACGACUGGAUUAUUUCAAAGAAAAAAGGAACAACAUCACUAAUUACCUUGGUGGUUGUUUGUGUCGAAUUCUUACUUUGCUGCUACAAAAGUUAUCACGAUCUUCAAGCUGGGAAUUUGUUAGGAUCAUUCAAUGUCUGCGAAAUAACUACUUCGACGGGAGGACAUCAUUUCCGGCAACAAUCCGGCCACCUUGACUCUACCUGAGCCAAUUCCGCCGGGACGCCUGUAUGGAGAGCAGGCUCCUUGAUCUUUUCAAGUCAACAGUGCCGAUUUCAAGUUCACAAUGUGGGUGCUACCCCUUGUCGGCUACUUAGGGGUGAUAGUAGGCUUUUGCUUUCUCACCCUAGCAAUUGCCUCCGGAUUAUACUAUCUAUCCGAGCUUGUAGAAGAACACACGGUGCUUGCCCGGCGCGUUCUGUCGCGGCUUAUCCACACAGUCAUUGCUCUCCACGUACUACUAUGGCUUAUCGACGGGCUACCCAUCUCCCUUACCUUCCUCAGUAUAGUUUCACACCUCGUAUAUGCUAGCAAUCUCCGACGCUUCCCAGUCGUCAAGCUCUCAGACCCGCUCUUCAUCCUCUCCUGUCUCCUCGUCGGCUUGAAUCACUGGGUGUGGUUCCGCCACUUUUCUGAUCCAGCCACCUUGCAAACUAAAUACAGUCGGUCAUCCUCUCACUCAGCGUCCUUUUCAACAGGCGGACAGCACUAUGGAGCAGGCUCCGACCUCCCGUCAUUUACAGAGAUAGCCUCAUAUUUUGGCCUUUGUGUGUGGCUCGUCCCAUUCUCGCUAUUCGUGAGCUUGAGUGCGGGCGAGAACGUCUUGCCCACUACAGGCUCAGGGUAUGCUUCAGGUCCCUCCAUCGGCGCAGAUGGGUCUUCGACCUCGCCUCUAGGGGGCUCUGGAAACGAAAAGAAGAGCAAGAGCAAGGCAAUGGCAAAAGCUUUGGUGGAUGGAGCGCGAGGCUGGGUGUCUGAAACGGGUGAGCUGAUGGGAUUCUGGGGGGGCCAGAAGGCAAGGCGAUUUUGAUAUGUCUUCUCCCCCCGAAGAAGUUUUGUUUUCAUUAUGCAUCCUUUUCCGCCGGCGUGAUGUACCGGUAGCUAUCUUAGGCUUUAUUUCAGCUCUUUCACCUUAAUGCUUUUGAACCAAUUCGAAAACACUUUUCAAUCAGAACCUCUGUUGAAGAAAGGAGGAUAAAAUUGAAGAAUAUGGAUUUCGAGGGCUGUGCGACACCUAAUUUACAAGUAUUUUAUGUUUCACGAGGAACCCUCAAAACAAAAUGCAGUGAGCUUGGAAACAUGUCUUUAAAAUAUCUACAAACAUAUGCUAGGACAACAAAGAAAAUCGAGUCAAUAUCAAGCUAUCAGCAGUUCAUGUAAAUAUAUAAUUUACCUUUCAUGGUGGAUUGAGGAUAGGAGAGUUCGUUUGGGGCCGUUAGUUUGCCUUUGGGGCGUAGAUUUCGCGAAUACAUCUUGCCGCGAAUUUCGAACAGUUGUAAAUAGGCCGAAAGUGCGCGG